UACCUGCCAUCUGCCUUUCCCACCACUACUGCGUCGCUCCAGACCUCGGGCUACCGAUGGGCUUCCAUGCAGAUCUAAGCGUGUCUUCCCUUGGAUCUCCGAGGCAAUCCGCCUGCGACAAUCCCCAGUAGAGCACGCACGGUGGCGUUGGGGAAGAUGCCCAACCACCUGCUCACGUUGCCCACGGGCCACAGGCAGGAAAGCGAUGAGAUUCCCUUCCAGGAUCGGCAAUUUUCGCACAGCUCGGCGACUCAGAGGUGCUUGUUACCCUCUGGACGUGCGCACCAGGGAUAAGCAGUGAAAUCACCUGGCCAUCUCACUUGGUUGAUGAUGCGGUCUCAUGCACGGAUUUGCGGCAUACUCGGGACACAAGCCGUCUCGUCUUUGGCAACCACCAAAACUCCAUCAUAGCGCGGUAUUCAGGCUGCGUCGACCAUACUCGCCGCGUCAUAUGCAGUCACUCAUUCUUAGAACAAACUUCAAUGAACCGGUUCCAUAACCGAUAUCUGCUGUUGUGUGCUACGAUCAUUAUAGCCACAGCGUCUUUAAAAGUCCUGCUUCCGCCGCCUCAAACUCCACCACCCUCUUCUUGCCCUCUUCCCUCAAAUUUGUGCUAGAAAUGUGCCGUUGGCGCCACGUCCGGAACUUGUUCACCCGCUGCGGCCACACUGAGAGCCUACCACCCGUUGAGAUCCCCUGUGAAAGCAAGUAUUGCAAAUUCAGCCCCUAUCAUCCGCGGGACUGCGUUCCGCCAUCUUGCAGGAACACCUGCAAUCAGUACCGUCUCUUCCCUGAACAAUAUAAUCUCACCAUUGACGGCUUUUGCUCGGGAUGCCGCGGCUAUUAGCCUACCACAGGCUGUCUGCUUCCUCGACGCAUCCCAUUUCCGAUACAUCCUAGAGAGGAAUCAGAACCUCCUAUUUUUUCGCUAUUUAUCUGUAGUACCCCCAUCGUUCUCAGCGGCCAUGACCCCCUGUAGCGACCCUUGUUUUCUCGCUUGGUUGCUUCCAUUCCAGAGCGUUUAUUUAACUUUCUCGGUUCCGGGUUAGAAGUGUGCGUGUGCGUGGGAUCAGGGCACGAGCUGCUUCUCAGAAAACUCGAGCGUUUCGUCGGGCAGUGAGACUUGAUCAAAAGCGGUACGCACGGCCUUCACCGGUGCUUCACUGUUCGAGUCAUUGGCCAGCCACACAUCAGGAGGCAUCAUUCGGGAAUCGAUUCUCCGAAUAGGCGUUUUCUUUUUCCGUUCCCGCGCACUGAGAUAGCUCGGUGCAUGGGCGAUUCUGGGUUACUGCAAUCACAACUGGAUGGUUUCAAACAAGAUGAAACGACUGACAUCGAAUUCCAGACUCAGUGACUGCGGAACAGGGGGAUACUAUCACCAAAUGAUAACGACGGAUUGCGACGAAUAAGCGAUAGAUAGACAAGAGCAUCAGCUCCAGCUGGCAGUCUCAGUCCUGAAUCCUGAUCGAGUUGAAAGUGCACCGACAUUGUCAAUGAGAAAGAUGCAUAUGUCCCGACAAACCACUCUGCAUCCAGACUUGAUAGAGUGAAAUAGCGCUGUAUUCGACUGCAGAGGAAUUUUAUCGAUAGUAGAAAGGAAGUUGAAAUGGUGAACGACAGGAUGCCUGAACGAGGAAGCAGUUGAGGUGAUAUUAGGUGAGUUGAUCGAGAGCGCCGCUGUCAUGGCAUAGUCUGACGAAAUGGCGCCCGAGUGCGGCCCACUGAAACACACGACCCCACCCGAGAAUCGGAGAAAGAUCAACACGAGGAGAGAAUCAGCACUUCUACGAUGAUGAGCGGCGCGGCCUAUCGGUAUCCUACCAGCCGGUCCGAGCUCGAUAGUUAGAGCAUUCUCGGAGACGAGAACUGGGAGGACAAUGAGAGAGGAUGGUCAGAAUAGAAUCCCUGAGGCAGAUUUGCAGUGGUCGGCACGGUGACCUGACGAUCUCAAUCGCAGAGAGGUUGAUAUGAUCAGGGAGCGUGGCACUACAUGUGUCGUCCCGUUGGGGAUGCAAUGUCGACAUCAUGGUCUCGUUUCCGUUGUCGAUAUCGGAGAACGGAAGAAUGGAUAACAACCUGACUCACCCCUCAUGUGCUACUGGAGACAUGCAGAGCCAAGAGCUCAGGCAGUCAAAGCAAGACGUCAAAGCGUUCCCGGAGCGGGUGGGAAAUGCGAAAAGCCGCGACACGUGAUGGAGUUGGCAUCAAAUCUCUUCCGUAUUGUCUCGACUCUUGAUCUUCCACCACCUCGCCCUUGUAGCCGGGGCACGCAGCCUCUCCACCGAGGUGUACGAUGAGCAGGAGGGAAUCUAGGGUGUCCACGGGAGUGCGUCAGAACGACGCACUGGUCGAAUUCGAGAACUUCAAGAAGAAGUUCCUCCUCGCAAACAAGCAUAUCACCAAAUUAAAUUCCACGCUAUCUAUGAAGAUCGAAGAGCUGAACACGGAAAUAACCACACUCUACACAGAGAAUCUACGGCUACGUACAUCCGAGAUCGCACUAGCAGCCCAGGUCAAACGCGAGCGCGAAACAUCACGGAAGAUUUUGCUGGAGGCUGAAACUGCAACCCAAGCACUUAUGCGCCAUCUCUCCAAUCUGCGCGAAACGUAUAACGUGCCCCUGCUUCCCACACCGUCACCAACUCCACCCCGGCGGGCGAAUGUCUCCCCUCGCACGAGCAUCUAUGCGAACAACCUGAAUCGCCUUUCGAGAGAGCCUCAGGUACCACUCAUCACCGAGGACGAAGAGCCUGAGGAAAUAUCGCCGUCUCCACCGCGGAAAACGAAGAAGAAGCGCCUGAGCGCGUCUCGGCUUCCACUUCCUGCUCGGGAAAGCACACCACCCCCUGCCGAUAUGAUCUCUGCGCCCGCCGCACCUAUGAUCACCGCGCCUAGCAGCAUAGUCCUGCCCUCAUUACCCAUACAUCUCGAUCUCACCGCUUUUGCGCUCCCCUCAAAGAAGCGUCGGCAGAGCGGCCUGCUCCUCGAUUUCAAUGCGGUUUCCAGCCAGGUACCCGACCCAUCGCCAAAUGAGCCUGCGGCUGGUCGAGAACGGGAUCUAGAGCAGGAGAACGAGCGGGCGAAAGAGAAGGAGCGGAAACGACGUAGCCGGGAAGAGGGAGCAGGAACCUCGAGCAAGCCAAAGGCGAGGCUAAAAGACGUCACCAACUCCAAUUCGCCCAGGGCGCGACCCAAGCCUGAGCUAGCUGCCGAGUCUGCAGGCACAGAAGGCCGACCGUUCUUGGCACCAUCUCCUCCAAGUCCUGGACCACCCGAGCCUAAAUUACUCCCCGUUCCCGUGAUGGAGGCCGGGCCGUCGUCUGCUCGUGCCGCCCCGGCUGCGGAGAUCGAGAUGACCGAGGCUGAAGCAGAGGCUGACAACGGAGGGAGAGAGCGUCGGGCGCGCAAGAGCGUGAACUACGCUGAGCCGAAGCUGAACACCAAGAUGCGCAAACCACAAACGAUGGAAGACACGCCGGUGCCAGCCAAACGGGCUCGGUCCUCGACUGCUGGGACGUCGCGUGGCCAGACCCGACGAUUGUCGCCGCCCAUCCCUGGUGCACGUGCUUUGGCUGUCGCUGGCGAUGACGAGGACCCCGGCGACGAUGUCGACGAGGAGAGUGAUGGAUGGGCUGAUGGCGAGUUUGCGCCCAGCUGGGCUGGCAAUGUAAACGUGGAAACCCGGCGGCGGAGUAAUUCACGGCGGACGAAGGAAGGAGAGUGGGCAAGAGAAGGCAGGCGGCACAGUUCAGCUGCCUGAGACUGCGUAUGUGACGAAGAAGUAUGAACCCCCACCAUGACCAUAGGAUCUAUGCACUUUCUGUACGGUUAUUUUGUAACGGCCCGCUCAAGGGCCGCUAAUGUUGCGUUUCUUGUAACAGAGCGCCUCCACCCCGUUUUACUGAAUCGUCAACUGGAACAUGGAUUGAGGGCAAAGAAUUCAAGCGUGGCAGUGU